AUGAAGGCAGGGAUUACUAGAGUUGUCAUUGGAAUCAGACAUCCUCUGCAGCAUCUUCGGGGCAAGGCUAUUCGUGCUUUUCGAAGUGAAGGACUGCUGGUUGAUGUUCUUGGCGAGGAUCUCCAAUGUAAAGCUAUGGAGGAAAGUUUGAAGUCAUGUCUUCUUGUCAAUGCCCCUUUACUAUAUAGAGCUGCUAGUCAAGUUCCAUUCUCUGUUCUCAAAUACGCAAUGACCCUCGAUGGAAAAAUUGCUGCAAGUAGUGGACAUGCAUCAUGGAUAAGCUGCAAAAAGUCAAGAGCCCGAGUUUUUGAACUACGGGGAAGGAGUGACGCUGUUAUCGUAGGAGGAAACACUGUACGCCGAGAUAAUCCUCUACUCACAGCACGACAUGGAGGCGGGCAUUUACCUCAACGGAUUGUAAUGUCGAAAUCUCUUGAUCUUCCCGAGGUGGCAAACUUGUGGGAUGUUAGUGAGGUUUCCACCAUGGUUAUGACACAAAGAGGAGCAAAGAGAAGCUUCCAGAAAUUCCUCGCGUCAAAAGGCAUUGAAGUGGUGGAGUUUGAAAUUUUGAACCCCAAAGUUGUUAUGGAUUACUUGUAUGAUCGUGGAUGUCUUUCAGUUUUGUGGGAGUGUGGAGGUACAUUAGCCGCAUCUGCUAUUUCUUCUGGUAUCAUACACAAGGUGCAUGCAUUUGUUGCCCCUAAAAUUAUUGGCGGGAAAAAUGCGCCAUCUCCUGUAGGGGAGCUUGGGAUGGUGGAGAUGUCUCAAGCUUUGGAAUUAAUUGAUGUGAACUAUGAGCAGGUUGGUCCUGAUAUGCUUGUGAGUGGAUUUCUUCAGCCGGUUCCUGACUUGACACCAGUGAUUCCAUCAAUUGACGAAACUUAUGCAAUUGAUCCUACCGUCUCUCCAUAUGAGUCAAGCAUCAUUUUCUUUUACAAGACAUGGGAUCCUUAUGGUGCAUUUUCUAACUUCUCCAUGCAUCCAAUUCGAAUGCCUGACGAAACUGGGGAGUAUUACAACUGGCCAAGUGUGGAGCACUAUUACCAGGCUAAUAAGUUUGUGGGUUUAGAAGACCCUGUUGCGAAAACGUGUUUGGAGGAGAUAAAGACUGCAAGAAGUCCCGAGGAAGCAGCUCGUAUAGGAAGGCGAACACAAAGGCAGCGCCCGGAUUUGGUUAGGGCCGAUUGGGAGAGUGUGAAGAUUGAUGUAAUGUAUAAAGCGUUGAAGUGUAAGUUCACGACAUAUCCUUACUUGAGGUCCAUGCUGCUCUCAAGCGCUGGGUCUGUUCUCGUUGAAGCUUCACCGCACGAUCUGUUCUGGGGGGGCGGACGGGACGGGGAAGGGCUGAACUAUCUCGGGAGGCUGCUGAUGCAGCUGAGAUCCGAGCUGCUAGCUAUGAAUUCUGCAGACAACAAGAAAGAGGAAAAUCAAGUUCAAUGAAAACUGUCACUAUUGUAGAAAAUAGUAUAGUUUCCCAUUAUUAAGAUAGCAAUGUGUAGAUUUUAUUUCUGAAUGAAACUACCAAACCAAACCAGCCUAAUAUAGGGUAAAAAUAGGAAACCUAUUUAUGUAGAAUUAAAUGGUGAUGAAUAAAUAUUUGAUGAAUGUGAUGGGGAUAUUAUUAGAAAAA